UAUGGGGAAUCGCAGGCACCAGGGGCCCAGCAGCAGAUCCUGGACACCCUGGCCCGCCGGGCCGUCAGAGGGCGCUGUGAUGUCACACCAUGACCGUUGCUGCUUCCGCUUCCGAGAGGCAAGAAGCCGCAACAUCAACAUCCACAGACAGAUUCAUUAAUAACACAAAAACUGUCUUGUUAAAAGCGUUUGUUCCAGGUGUCUGAGGAUGUCGGGGCAGAAGCGUCCUGCUGACCCCAGCGGUCCCUCGUCCUCCGGCGCUCCCCCAGAGAAGCGCAGGGAGCGUGACGGAGAGGACGGAGGUCCUGGUGUCAGUGCCGCUGCCGGAGGGGCCACCGCGGUGGAGACGGUCAUCAAACUGGGAGGGGUGUCCAACACGGAGGAACAAGACAUCAAAGCUCUCCAGGCCAAGAACCGAAAGUUGGGAGAAGCUCUUGAUCAAAGACAGGUGAUUGAGGAUGAACUGCGAGAGCGAAUUGAAAGACUGGAGACCCGCCAGGCCACUGAUGAUGCUAGUCUUCUGAUUCUUAAUAGAUACUGGAACCAGCUUGAUGAAAACAUUCAGUUUAUCAUCAGGCGUUAUGACCAAUCACCCAGCGAACCAGAGAAAUCUCCAGCAGGUGAGGGGCGGAGCCUGAAGCCAGAAACUCCUGAACCUGAUGGCGACUCCAACCAGGAAAGGGCAAAAGAGAGAGGCCACCAGGGAGAGACGUCCAACUCUUUCCUCGCCACGCUGGCCAGCAGCAGCAGUGAGGAGAUGGAGGCCGAGCUCCAGGAGAGGGUGGAGUCCAGCCAGAAGCAGGCCAAUCGCGUGGUGGAGAUCUACGUUCGUCUAAAGAGCACUGUGGACCAACUGAAGACAGAGCUGGACUCUGAAGCUGAGGGCACUUUGUGGCAGGCAGCUUCCAAACUAAACGCCCUCCUGACCAGUGAAAAUGAGCGGCUACAACAGCUGACUGAAGACCUCAAGCAGAAACACAGUCACAUGACCAGCGAGUCCCGGUCUCUGGGGCGUGCAGCGAACAAGGCAGACCAGCGUGUCAGCGAGCUGCAGGUUCUGAUCGAGGAGCUUCAGUGGGACAUGGAGAAGAUCCGUCGGCGAGAAAAUCGGCUCAAUGCACACCUGAGCGAGAUUCUGGAAAGGGUGAACAGCAAAGGCUAUAAGGUGUGUGGGGAGGCCAGCAGCGUAUGUGGGACCAUCACUAUUAACAAGAGAAAGUUUGAGGAAAUGAACAGCGAGUUGGAGGAGAACCAGGAGCUUGCAGACAACCGCCUCACUGAGCUGCAGAAGCUCCAGCAGGACCUGCAGACUGUCCACCAGGAGAACAACAACAUGAAGACGGAGUUGUUGAGUCGAGCGGAGGGCAUGGUGAAAGAGACUUCUGAGUAUCGAUGUCUGCAGUCACAGUUUUCUGUGCUUUACAACGAGUCUCUGAUCCUCAAGGCUCAGUUAGAUGAGACACGCGCUCGCCUUAACACUACAAGGACGGCACGCCUUCGACAGCUGGAGCACAUGGAGAAUGAUGAAGUUGCUCUGCAGAGGAAAGUUCGCACAGAGGUGUUUCAGCUGGAGGACACACUGGCCCAGGUCAGGAAGGAGUAUGAGAUGUUGCGCAUCGAAUUUGAACAGACUCUCGCUGCCAACGAGCAGGCAGGCCCUAUUAACAGAGAGAUGCGCCAUCUGAUUAGCACGCUGCAAACCCACAACCAGCAGAUGAAGGGAGAGGUCGUGAAAUACAAAAUUAGACUGAGAGAGACGCAAACAGAACUCAAUCAGAUCCGUUCUUCAAAGGGCAACGCCAUCCUCCAGUUCCAAUCUAGCACAGAGAUGGAUGUGAAAGAUGAGACAACCUCUCCUUCGACCCUAACUGUUUCGGGGGAUCCUGUAUUGAAGACAGACCCUGACAACGGCUCCUCUACACCCAGCAGCACUGGCGCCUCAGUGAAAACCGAGCCUGGAGUAGAACCUGAACCCACACUAAAGGAGGAGGAGAAAGAAGAUAAAAAAGAGAAGGAGGAAAAGAAAGAAAAGGACCUUAUUAAGAAAGAGGAGAAAGACAGAGAGAGGGAGAAAGAAAAGGAGAGGGAGAGGCCAACCCGCAGCGGUGUGAUAAAGGAAGAGAAGGAGAAGCCAGGGAGCAGUAGCCAACUAGAGGAGUCUGCCGGAGAGCGGCUGUCCAUGGUUGGAGGAUCCAAGAGGAAGGAAAUGGAACAGCUGAAAAUUGUUCGAGCUGAGCUCAAGAAAGCUCAGGAGUCUCAGAGGGAGAUGAAGCUGCUGUUGGACAUGUACCGCUCAGCACCCAAGGAGCAGAGGGACAAAGUCCAGCUCAUGGCUGCAGAGAAGAAGGCCAAGUCAGAGGGAGAUGAGCUGCGGCAAAGGCUGAGGGAGCUGGAGGAGAGAGAGAGGAGGGAAGGAAAGAAAAUGGCAGACGAAGAAGCUCUUAGGAAGAUCCGCUCUGUGGAGGAGCAGAUCGACAUCCUCAACAAAAAGCUGUCUAUUGCAAAACAGGAGGAGGACGCGCUGCUGAGCGAGAUGGAUGUGACGGGCCAGGCCUUCGAAGACAUGCAGGAACAGAACAUUCGUCUGAUGCAGCAGCUCAGAGAAAAAGACGAUGCCAACUUCAAGCUGAUGAGCGAGCGGAUCAAGUCUAACCAGAUCCACAAGCUGCUAAAAGAGGAGAAGGAGGAGCUAGCUGACCAACUGCUGACUUUAAAAACUCAGGUCGAUGCCCAGCUGCAGGUGGUGAGGAAGCUUGAGGAGAAGGAGCGCCUCCUGCAGGGCACCAUCAGUACUGCUGAGAGAGAGUUGGCACUGCGGACGCAGGCUUUGGACAUGAACAAACGCAAGGCUCAGGACUCGGCGUUGCUGUCAGAGGAGGUGCGAACUCAGUUGGAGCAGGUUCAGCAGAGGCUCAGCCUGGUCAGAGAAGAGGUCGUAGAGAACAGCAUCUCGAGGGAGAAGGAGUCCUUUAAUGCCCGACGAGCACAGGAGGACAUCUCCAAACUUAGGAGAAAGAUUGAGAAGGCCAAGAAACCAGCUGAGAAAAUCAGCAACGGAGAUGAUAUCCUUAAUGAAGAAAUCAGCGAGUACAAGGCACGUCUAACAUGUCCAUGCUGCAACUCCCGUGUGAAGGAUGCAGUCCUGACAAAGUGCUUCCACGUCUUCUGCUUCGAGUGCGUGAAGACGCGCUACGACACACGCCAGAGGAAGUGCCCCAAGUGCAACGCUGCUUUCGGAGCCAACGACUUCCAUCGCAUUUACAUCGGCUAGAGCUACGAUUAGUCACAAACACGGGCUGGGAAGAAGAGGUGAACGAUAUAAGCGGUGGUACAGACACUGCCAGGAGCCAGACUUGGAUCCGGCUCGCGUUCCCUCCUCCUGUGUGCUCGGGAUACUGUCAGUGUGCACGUCGCUUGGUGACUGCAGCCUCGAACUGAUGAUGCUCUGAACUGAAUGCUUUAAUUCAUUUUUUCAACACUGACUGAUUUCAAAAUUCCCCCAUUCAGUACCCACUACUUCACUGUAUGUUUUCAGAUACUGGUACGUAGAGAGACGACGUUCUGUGAGUUUGCAUCACACACUAGAUUUUGUCGUGUGUGUGUGUCGUGUGUAUGUGUGUAUGUGUGUACGUGUGAGUGUGUAUUUGUAUUUGAAAACAGGCAAUUACACAAACCAGUAUACAAAGAAAAAGACCAGUACAGUCAGAGAACAGCAUUCCUCCCAAUGAAGUGGACAUUUUGUAUAAUCUUAGUGUGUAUGUACAGACUGUCAUUAUUGUUUCUUUUUUUUAUUAUUA